CCUUAUACUAGAACUUCGCUAGUCUAAUCUGAUUUGUCGCAAGAAUCAUUCGCGAUUCUUCUACUGCGAAAUUCAUCAUCCAAACUACUUUAUUUUCUCCAAUUUUCAGCAAUUUCAAUAUUGCAUCAAUUCAAACUGAACGAUUCAAUUGCGCUAGCAAGGGAUUCAAUCUUCAGUUAUUCUCGAAAUGCCCCCUGCUAUCAGCGACGAUGAAGCGUCUGACGUCGGCGACGUCACCGUCCCUUUACCUACGACGCGUGUCAAGAGAUCCUCAACCGCCCCGAAAGUUGACAAUGCCAACGACGUAAAAGAUACUGCCGAAGAAGAUGUUGAGAAUGGCGACGGCGUAAAUGGAGAAGACGAAGACGAAGACCAAGCAGAAGAUUUGGAGGAGGAUGAGUUUAUCGUCGAGAAGAUCAUCUCCCAUUCCGUCGAUUCCAACGGGCAAUUGAAGUUCAAGGUAAAAUGGGAAGGUUACGACAAGAAGUCAGACCAAACGUGGGAAGAAGAUGAGAAUCUCAAGGAAAACGCUAGUGACGUCCUUGAAGAGUAUCUUGCGAGUGUGGGUGGACGCGAAAAGAUAUUGGGAGACUCAAAAUCAGCCUUGAAGACGAAGAAGCGCGGUCGGCCUGCCGCAAGCACACCGACGAAUGGUGCGAAGAGGCGCCGCAACGGCAGUCAUCCCGAUUCAGCGACACCCCCGACUACUGGACGAGGCUGGAAGCCUCCGGUUGGUUCUUGGGAGGAUGAGGUGGACUCUAUCGACGCUUGUCACGACGAGACCUCGGGCAGGCUAAUCGUAUACCUCACGUGGAAGAAUGGACAAAAAACCCAACAUGACACCAAGGUUGUCUACCAAAGAUGUCCACAAAAGAUGCUUCAAUUUUAUGAGCGACACGUUAAGAUCGUCAUGGCGUCAACCGAUAGUGGCGCGAAGGAGGAAUAGUUUGGAAGUAUCCACAUGAUAAACACGGGAGUUGACAAAUCCUAGCAGAUGAAGCAAGCAGGAAAGCAGAUAAAUGAGCUUUUUGCUGGGCCACAUGAAUAAUUGAGGUUACUACGCGCAAAGGUUUGGGGUUUGUGUCGAUUAGGAUUAUUUGUUUCUCUGGCGGGAGUUGUGGCCAGAAUUAAGGACAAUGAGCACAAAAGAAAAAGGGGAUGAGACGGAUAUAACCGUUGCAUAAGGCACCUUCUCAGCAGAGGAUCUGAGAAUGGAUAACUUCGGUCAUAUGCUGAGGGCCUCGAUGGAAUUUGAUUUUUAGCAGCAAUGAUUUUUCACAAAAUUGUACCAAUGGAUAAUAUGUCUAUAUACUAACGAUGCUAACAGUGAGUCCUAAUGUGGUUGUCCUUUUACCUA